GUACUUCUUUCUUUCUUUCUUUCAAUGAAAAGAUGGAACCAGUAACAUCCUCUCGGACCGACGACGUCACCAUGAUAGAAAGUAGUUUUGUCAAACCUUUUUCCAAAUCAACUCAUAACCGUUCUAACCCCGCGUUUGUUACUGUCAGUCCUAUUACCACUUGUGCCGAAAUAACUAAAAUAGAAAGAGCACAGCAAAAGAGACCCCAAAGUCGCUCCUCCAUGUCGUCGAUCGAGGAUACUAUUCCUUCACAAUUACCUCCAUCAAAUGACAAGAAAAAAAUGAUUUUUCAAAAUAAUAGCAGUGACGAAUAUGCUUCCAGUCCUGGUAGUGAAUCCGACGUCUUUUCAAGAAACCCUUUACGCUAUCAUAGUCCACCCGCUGGAAGUGGUGGUAAAUUCAUGAAAAAAACAAACAGAACAAGUUGGACUCCAUCUGAGUCGACUCCCUCAACACCUAUUAGUUUACCGGAGACCAUCAAAUUGACAAGAAGCAGAAAGAGUUCCGUUAUCGCCAUCGAUAAAAGGCUGGACGAUAAGUCUGGCUCCAUAUUCAAAUUACGUGAAAAUAGAUUGCCUUCCUCGCCCAAAAUAUUCGAUGAAGAUACCAGAAUUCAUCAUCGAAACUCUUCCAUAUCUUCCAUUUUGACUGAUAACAUUAGCAUCCUUUCUUCUGAAGAUUACGAUUCGUCCAAUGAUAAUGAUUCAAUCAAAUUCAAUCAUAAGCAGCAGAGACGCAAGUCUACAUCUGGAAGUAUUUUAAAAAAUACCUCUACAGAUGCUUUACCCGAAUACUUGUAUAAGCAAUCCAUUCAGAAUUUCACAAAGCGUCAGUUAUCAACCACAACAGCGGCGAUUGACGCAGAUAAAGACGUGAUAGCGAUGACACUUGACGAAGAAAGAAAUACUGCUCAUUUCCCUUUAUCCGAUGAUAUCAGCCAAAGUUAUCAAUCUCCAGUGUACCCAGCCGUAUUCUUGAACGAUAUGGAUAACAAUGAUCUAGAGGAAGACGAUCAUCAUUUUCAUACAAACACUUCAGUCUAUGAAGCUGAAGAAACGGACUAUUUCAGUUUAUGUCGAUAUCCUUGUCAAGAAUCGAAAAGUGUGCCUAUUAGACGUAAGCCAUUAUCUCUGCCUAUAGACAACUCGUACGCCAGCCGAUUAAAAGAAUCACGUUCAACCAAAAUGAGAAAAUGGUCACUUUACCAUGACUCUGUUCCAAAAUGGAUAAAUUGGAUGGAUGAAUCAGACGUGGUUGAUCCUAAAAUUACUCAUUGGUGGAACUCUAUCCAACCACCACAAGAAGACUGCUUUAAUGCACAACGUCUGUCGCUUGAUUUACAUGAUUCUCAAUACCAGUUCCCUCUUCAUAAACAGGACUAUCAGUCUGAUGAGGAAUCACUAUCGGAUUGCGUUACACCAGCUGCAGUGCUUCCAGUGUUAAAAUCAACCCCUACUAGAUCAACAUUCCGUUCCUCUUUUCCGCCAGCUAAUGCUCCUUCAGUUGCUGUUACAGGCAAUAUUGGUUAUAGAUUCAAUAAUCCUAACAAAAAUCCAUUUUCCCAUUUCGGCGAUAAUUACGACUCAUUUACUUCCCCUCGUGAAAAACCUAAAAACAAUGGUGCGAAUUGCCCACGACACACAAUCAAAUCAAGAUUACAAUGGGCUAAAGAUGCGUGUAAUUUAGAGCUACGCGAAAUCAUUGAUGGAUUAAAUGAAUAUGUUGAAAAAGAUUUGCUUUAUUUUGAAACGCCAGAUGAUAUAUUGAAUCACGAGUCUGAGGAGGAUCAAUAUAAACAAGACUUUCCUGUAUACGACUUACAACAUGAUACUAGUUUAUUGGAUUGGGAUGACAAGGACUUAAAACCCAUCCAAGAUAUUGUUACAAUGAUAUCCGAAGAUGAUGAUAUAACCACACCUUUUAUACUCACACUACAAAACCUGAUCUGUUUAGCACAGAGUGUUCUAGAUACAGAUCUAGAAGUAUUUUUAGAAAACCCAGGUAUUGGUGCUGAUACAGUUUCAAAUAUCCAAUCUGUGGGCGGUAAUUGGGAGUAUUAUAAGGAAUGGCCAUGCAAAAAAUGGUAUGUCCGACUUGUGCUUGGCGUUGCGGCGUUUAAUCGAGUUGUAGAAUGGUGGCAAGCCGAACGAAAAUAUUGGGCUACCCCUUCUUCCAUCAUUACCCCAACCACAAAUUCAGCCAGUACAACUACCACUGUUACUCCCUUAUUUAAACCUCUCAAAGUAACUUCUGACUUACCUGAUCAAUUUAACUUGGGCGCUAUGAUGAUGAAUGAUCCUAUUGAUGAGUCUCGUACUACACGAGUGCCACGAACACGAGAUAACAGUGUCAUGUCAACUUUUAUGCAAAAUGACAAUGAAGAAGCAUGCCAGUUUCAAGAGGAAGCGGAAAUCGGUCAAAGCAGCACCAUUGUCAUGGAAUUAUCUCUCAAACCAUCCCUUGUUCAGUACUUAAGUCCUGUUUGGCACGAUGUGAUAGGUACUAGACCUCAAUCCAUGAUCGGUCUUAAUAUAUCUGAAUUGCUUGUACAUGAAAAUAAACAAGUAUUUUCUCAGGCAACCGACGAAAUGCUUGCAGAUAAUUUAAAAACUAUCGAAGUGACUUUUGGUGUAAUUACAGAUGAUGUCAAGACACCUUUUGAAUUGGAAGGCAAGGGCAUGCUAAUGUACAACAGAGUCACAGGAUAUCCCAGUCAUACCAUGUGGGUGUUGAAACCGUCCGUAAGAAGGUGGCCCAUUAGCACUACAGAAAUCGCAAGUGAUACAAUCAUCAUUGAUGAUACUGCACCGAACACAGAAACACAUCCUUUGUUUAAUAGUCCUAAUUUGCCAAUAUCUUCAACUAUUAGAAAUAUUCAGGCCUCUGCCAUGCGAAGAGCUGUUUCACAAGGUGGUGUUCCGGUUGCUAACAGCCUAGAUGCUACCACACAUUUACUUACCAUCGCUCCUGCACUUUGUAAUAUAUGUGAAAGAUGGGUUGUUGCUGCCUUCUUUGAGCAACAUUCUGAAUUAUGCGUCGAAAUUCAUCGUGCUGAAAUGGAUGUGAGUACUUGCAAUGAUAGUCUAUCAGAAUUGAAGCAUUAUGUACAAGGCUUGUACGAUAUUACCACGUAUGAAGUCCAAAAAUUGGAAACUAAUCCACAAGCUACAAUUCUUGAAGAGGAAGAUGAUCUCACCAGUAUCAAUAGUGAUGAUGACUCAAUUUUUGGAGAAGGUUUGCCUUUGGAAAAAGAUCACGUACUCCCUUUGGAGAAAAGAAGAUCUGAACUCGAAAAAUAUACAACCAUGUUGGAUAUUAUGAAUGUAGCAUUGUCUAUCGCUACACCAGGCAGUCCAGAUGAUGAAGCUGAUUUAAAAGAGACACCCGAUCGACUCAAUUGCUCUCAUACGAAGCAGUCAGCCGUCUCUAAAUCUAAAAUUGUUCAAAUUCUCUACUGGAGAGCCCCAUUGGCAGACGAUGCAGAUACUGAAUCACUGAUCAAUAACAUCGAAUUCAUUACUAAAGCUAAGGUUGAUGCUGUCAAUCGAAUGCAGGAUUGUUUGGAUUACAAUGAGCGUAUUCGAAACAACUUUCAACAUAACGUCAUUGGUGACAAUGAAUGGUCUGAAUUUGUACCAGAAAAAGUCGAGGCUGCUGUUGUUCCUACCGAUGUUAAGGCCACUAGCAACUCAGUUGAGGUAGAAAAAGUGAAAACUCCCAUGUUAGAGUCCGAGAAAAGCUCCUUGGAAGAAAAUAGUGAGAUCAAAAAACAGAACCUCUUUGAAAAGAUCAAGGACUGGAAAAUCAGUGCAAGACGCAGUGGUAAUGGUUCACGUUCCAAACGUGCGAGACGUAAAAAUGGAGCUUCAAUUCCUCCACCUGUUUCUACCGUACCUACUGUGUCUACAACACCUUCUACUGCACCUCGUAUUAUUGAAAUGGAAACUAUUGAUACACCUGCAGCAUCACCAAGAUUUCCAGCAAAUACGAACCCGCAGCCACCACAGCCAAGAAAAAGUAGUCUCACUGGAAGAAUACAAUCAUCUGGUAGUAGCACGCCUUCUCUUGGCAAAUCUCCAUUAUCUCCAUUACCUGCACCCAUCAUGUCAGCACGGCCUGUUCCGCCUAGUAUCAAAGACUUUGAUAUUAUUAAGCCAAUCAGUAAAGGUGCAUUUGGUUCUGUUUUCCUUGCCAAAAAAAGAGUGACAGGCGAUUAUUAUGCCAUUAAGUUUUUAAAGAAGUCAGACAUGAUUGCCAAGAACCAAGUGACAAAUGUCAAGGCUGAAAGAAUGAUUUUAAUGACUCAGACGGAUAGUCCUUAUGUAACAAAACUAUAUUACACUUUUCAGUCCAAGGAUUAUCUAUAUUUAGUACUAGAGUAUUUAAAUGGCGGUGAUUGUUCUUCCUUGAUCAAAGCGCUUGGCAAUUUGCCCUGUGAUUGGGCUCGUAAUUAUCUUGCAGAAGUUACUUUAGGCUUAUCUUAUCUUCAUAAUAAGCACAUUAUCCACCGAGAUCUUAAGCCUGAUAAUUUAUUAAUUGAUCAAAAUGGUCAUUUAAAAUUGACCGAUUUUGGAUUAUCAAGAAUUGGAUUUUUAGACCGUAGAGUCCGUGACGAGCUCAGCAGUGAUCCAUUUUCAUUGUUACCUACAUCACCUGCACCUUCUCGAUCUGGCACGCCACCUCAAUCCCCGUUAGUACCUGCAGCCUUAUCCAACGGAAAGUUCUAUAAACAUUCAUAUUUUAGUCUACUCUUUGACCGAGACAGAAAUAGACGAGGGUCUAUGACUAGUUCUACAUCGGGUGGUGAUAUACCUAUUAAUGAACCUUUGGUGGGUGGUAGCAGCAGUAGUGUGCCAGCUUUACCAUCUCACAUUCAUGAAGAGCUUAAUACCAGCGCUACGACAAAGCCUCAUAGACAACGCACGAGUUCGGGUUUAUUACCUUCGGGAUUAACAACGCCUGCUUUUGUUCAUGCAUCUGUACCCGAAAGUAAUGAGGACAGCGGGAUGAUGCGACAGGAACAAGCGGUAGGUACACCGGAUUACCUUGCUCCUGAAAGUAUUUUAGGCACAGGCCAGGACUCGAUGGUAGAUUGGUGGGCUCUAGGCGUCAUUUGUUAUGAAUUCUUGUACGGAUAUCCACCGUUUCAUGCAGAGACACCUGAUAAGGUCUUUGAGAAUAUUUUAUCCAGAAAUAUUGACUGGCAUAAAGAUGAAAUGAAUUUACCAGAUGAAGCCUAUGAUUUUAUGGAAAGACUAUUGACCUUGGAUCCCGAGAAACGUCUUGGUCGCAAUGGGCCUGAAGAAGUGCGACAACAUGCUUUCUUUAAAGAUUUAGAUUGGGAUAAGUUAUUAACAGAAUCCCCUUCUUUUGUCCCACAACCCAUGGGUAAAGAAGAUACAGAUUAUUUUGAUACACGUGGUGCAACCAUGAUGGAAGAAGAUAGUAUUCAAAACCUGGUGAUGGAAGAGAUCAAGCGUGCAAAAGCCAUUAUUAACGAGCAAAAUCCGGAUAAAAUUUCACUUAUUGAUUCAGAAGAUUUUCAAACCUCGGAUGAUGCAGAUUUUGGAACGUUUGUUUACAAGAAUUUGCCUGUUUUAGAAAAAGCCAAUGAAGAUGCCAUCAAGAAAAUCCGUCAUGAACGUAUUGUAGCCAAUACCUCCUCCUCGUCUGUAAUUUCGUCCUCCACUUCAUCAGACAGAGCUUCUUUGCAUCGCUCACUGCCUGCAAUUUCCAGAAGAAAAAGAAGUUCUAUUGCGGAUACUUUUAGUUCAAGGAGUUCCGUGACCAAUAUUAUCCCAUCACAUGCCUCUUCGCCUCCUCCUCCUCUUCCUCCUGUUUCUACGUCUUUACCCUGUACUCCACCGCGUGCAUUAUCGCCCUCUUGUUCAACCACACCUACUGCGUCUACUCAAUACCGUCGCUCUAUCGAUGCAAUCAAUCACCCUUUGAGCCAUAUUGAUAGGCUUCGGAAAGAAGAUGAUGCACCUCAACGUGUUCGGUCUGUUUCCUCGCCCGGUAAUCGUGUAGCAGUUUUAUCCACAUCAGUAGGAUCUUCUUCUGCCUUUUCUAAUUAUACCAGUAGUAGCAGCAAUAGUAGCAGUAGUUCAAGUGCACAGAAUCCAGGAUUAAUCCCUCUUCCACUUCAAAUGCAUGCACAUCCUCUUGAUAUUGAAAGAGCGGAUGAUUUAAGCUCUUCUUCCCGAUCCGGUGUUGACAGAGUGCUGAAUUGUUUAAUUGCAGAUGAUAACCCGAUCAGUUGCAAAAUAUUGGAAACCAUUUUGAAUUUGUUACAGUGUCGGUGUGUGAUUGUUCGAAAUGGUGCCCAAGCACUUCGGUGCGCUAUCAGUGAUAAAGUCCAAUUCGAUUUAAUCUUUAUGGAUAUUCGCAUGCCUAUUAUUGAUGGACAAGCAGCAGCACGCAUGAUUCGGUCCACUAAUAAUAUCAAUAAGAAUACAACCAUGGUAGCAGUAACAGCGUACGAAUGCAAUAAUCAAUCUGAAGGUAUUUUUGACAUGACAUUGAGCAAACCAGUGACAAAAGAAGUUGUGCUGCAAUGUAUUCGAAAACUAGGCGAUUGCAAUUUACCCACUAGUCUUUGGACAUCCUCAUCUGUGUCUCCGCAGAUUAUAUCCCCUUCAUUAAACAUCAAACCGCAUCCAGAAUCUCUAUUGUAAUAUUUCAUUUCCCUCCCUCCCUCCUCCCCCCCCCCUCCC